UCUUUCUACUAAUCAUGCAGAACGAGGUACUCACAUUAAUAGCUCGAAUGGUCCAGUUGUUUAUGGACUGCCAUUAAUGAGUGAGAAUAAUGUGAUAACAGGGCUACCAGAAAGUCGAUUACCGGAAUUUGAGAAUUUACCAAUAAUGGAUCUUUUAGGAAAUGUUGUAUCAAGCGAAGAAAUAAUUCAACGUGGGCGCUCACUUCAUUCUAAAGUCUCAGAAUGUCCACCGAAUGACUCUAACGAAAUAAAAUAUGAUCCUGAAGACUUAUUAUGUGUGAAUGAAGAGGUGAGACAAAAUGCUAUUGAAGAGAUGAGACAAAAUGCUAUUGAAGAGAUGAGACAAAAUGCUAUUGAAGAGAUGAGACAAAAUGCUAUUAAGAGUGAAUCAACGCAGAAUUCGAAUGUUUGA